AUGUAUUCGAUUUUUGUUUUGGUCUGUUGGGCAAGUCUAACAGCAUGUCAAUAUGAUCCAUCCAUAGAAACGUCGAAGGCUGGAUAUGAAGAGGCUGAGCAACAGAUUGGACCACAAGUCAUUCCACCUGAAUAUGGAACAGGAAAGGAACAACUGAAAUAUGUAGAUGAGCGAACGAAUGAUGUAUUGCUGGAGUUCGACAAAAUUUUCGAUCUCUUCAGAGAAUAUGUCAGAAAAAACCAAUUCGGUCACUCUCCAAAAGACAUUGAGUACGCCGGAAAAUUGGAUCAGAUACAUUUGGAAUGGAAACACUCGGUUGAGCUAGCACCACCUGGAGUUCAACAGGAUUUUCUAAGUGGCAUUCAGCGAGUUUCGAAUUUCUUUAGCAGCGGGGCAGCUAGUGGGCUCUUCGACAGUCUUGUCAGCUUAUUUACCUCGUUUACUCAUGCAUUCACUAGUAUAGCUUCGAUUUGGCAAGAUGCCCCAUCUGAGCCUGUACAUAAACCAGAUUGGCAGAUUGAUUUUGAAAAUGCCAUGCGCGAGCAACAGAAUCAACGUAGACGACUGAGAAUGAGACUGAGACACCGACGUCACCAUAGAAGCACUGAUAACAAUGAAUUAGAAAGCUCUGAGCUGGAUACGCUUCCUUUCGCACGCCAGACUACUAGAAGAGCUGCAACUACGAGGAGAACUACUGUUCGAGCAACAACCAGAAGACCGACGACGGCCAGAAAACCUCAAGCUACUACCAGAAGAGCUCAAACAACAACUAGACGACCUCAAACAACUACGAGAAAAGGUCAAGCAACCACUAGGAGAACAGGGACAACUAAGAAGGCCGCCAUUUCUCAAUCAGCCCAGCAAACUGCAGAGCAGGAGCAGAACGUAGAUGUAGACAACGGAAUCCAUGAAACAUAUAUAAAAGCUCCUCGUAUUAUCAACGUUUUUGUUGACGAUGAUCAGCCAGCCGAUCUUAUCGCUCAAGCUGUUGCAGCUCAAUACUUCGAGUUUGAGAAGGGUGAUCCCAAUCCAUGA